CCCCCCCCCCCCCCCCCCCCCCCCCUCCCUCUCUCUCUCUCUCUCUCUCAAAGAGACGUGUUAAUGGCGGUUAUCGAUCAGUAACAUGGUUUGAUCAAAUCCUCAAUUUUUUUCUUGGUGAAGUAUUGGAACCCUAGGGUUUAUUUUUUGUUGUUCCAAUGGAACCUGCGGUAAUUAGAUUGGAACGGCGAGGGAGAAAAAGGAAAAGGAAGGAUGUAGAAAACGUUUUGGCGGGUCCGCAACCGAAUAAGCAGGUGGUUGAGAGUAGGUCGAUGGUAUUGGUUGGUAGAUAUGUGAAGAAGGAAUUUGAGGGUAGUGGGAAUUUUUUUGGGAAGAUUGUAUAUUAUGAUACCGGGUUGUAUAGAAUUGAUUAUGAAGAUGGGGAUUGUGAGGAUUUGGAGAGUGCUGAAGUGAGGAAGUUGCUUAUUAGGGACGGUGAUUUAGUCGGUGAUUUGAUUGUAAGGAAGAAUAAGUUAGAUGAAUUAUUGGCGAAGAAAUAUGCAAAGGGUAAGGAUAUUGUGGAUGGGAAAGUAAAGGAUUUGGUGAAUGUUGCGGACAGGGUCAAAGCAUCUUUACCGAAUGAGUUAAGUAAUGAUGGUGACAAUGAAAUUGAUGUUCUAAUUGAUGACGAUGAUGAUGCUGAUUCAUCAAGUGAUUCAUGUGAGCACACAUGGGAUCAUUAUUUUAGUUCAGAGGCUGAUGCCCCAUUUGUCCCACCACCACAAUUGCCUCCAUCUUCAGGAAAUAUUGGUGUUCCAGAGGAGUGCGUUUCACACCUUUUCUCUGUGUAUGGUUUCUUGCGCUCGUUCAGUAUUCAGCUGUUUUUGAGCCCCUUUGGACUUGAUGAUUUUGUGGGGUCACUUAACUGUCUUGUCCCAAACACACUGUUGGAUGGCAUUCAUGUUGCUCUCAUGCAUAUGUUGAGGCGCCAUCUUGAUAUGCUCUCCUAUGAUGGUUCUGAGUUGGCAUCAAAAUGUUUAAGGUUCACUGAUUGGAGCUUGCUUGAUACAUUGACUUGGCCAGUUUACUUGGUCCAGUAUUUAAUGGUAAUGGGAUACACAAAUGGACCUGAGUGGAAAGGAUUCUACAUUGAUGUUUUAGAGAAGGAUUAUUACACUUUACCUGCGGGUAGGAAGUUGAUGAUUUUGCUAAUAUUGUGUGAUGAUGUUGUGGAAUCUAUAGAGCUAAGAACAGAAAUUGACACGUGCGAAGAAUCAAUGGUUGGAAUAGAUUCUGACGCUGUUGUUUCUGAAAGUGGGCCAAGAAGGGUUCAUCCUAGAUACUCUAAGACUUCUGCUUGCAAGAAUGAGGAAGCUAUAGAGAUCAUAGCAAAAGUUCACGGGACGAAGUCCACUUGUAACUCAAGUUAUUUGGGUGUAAAAGGCACUAAAAUGAAUGUGGAUGCUGAUAUUGUUUAUGAUGGUAAUGGUGAUGAAUGCCGGCUUUGUGGUAUGGAUGGGACUUUGCUCUGUUGUGAUGGGUGUCCAUCAGCUUACCAUUCGAGGUGUAUAGGUGUAAGCAAAAUGUUUAUACCAGAAGGGGCAUGGUAUUGUCCCGAGUGUACAAUUAAUAAGAUUGGGCCAAAAAUUAUGAGGGGUACACCUCUGAGAGGAGCAGAAAUUUUUGGCAUUGAUUCAUAUGGACAAGUGUUUUUGGGCACUUGCAAUCAUUUACUGGUGCUAAAGGAUUCAAUCAAAUCAGAACCAUGUCUAAGAUACUACAAUCAGAAUGACAUUUCAAAGGUACUGCAGGUACUGCAUUCAUCUGUGCAACAUAUUGUGUUGUACUCUGAGAUUUGCAAGGGAAUUAUACAAUAUUGGAAUAUUCAAAAAGAUAGUUUACCUGUUCUUGAAACAGUUGAAAUGUGUAAACCAUCAGCCAAUGUAAAGGAAGAUGGCGACUGCUCUACUUAUCUGGCUGUGAGUGAGAACUUAGCAAGUUCUGUAACUGAAAGUAGUGUGGAAAAUGCAGUUUCAUGUCCUGAAAACUCUUGUAAAGAGCUUGUGUUUAACAAGAGGUCACUGGAUACAAUUACCCAAGCUGGAAAUCCUAAUCAGCAGAGGAGUGGUGACACUACAAUGAAGCAGGUUUUCCUUGUUAAAAGUACUGAGCUCAUAGAGCAGACUAAAGUGGAUUGUACCAUGUCUUCUGGUUCAGUAAUUCAGCAGGCUGAUUCAUCUGACUUAACUCAUCAAAGCUUCUCUGGAAAAUCAAGCUUGCCAGAACUUGCGACAAGUACUUCAGGAAAUAGCAAUGGAAGUCACAGAGGAUAUGUAGACGGUAUUUGUGUCAUAGUAAAUGUGUCCUCUCAAAGCAAAGAAGGUAAUGUGGGAAGUGCUGGAAGAGGUUACAGGAAUUCAUCUGAUGAUUGCUUGUACAUGGGGUCACAUUUUAAGUCCCAGGCAUAUAUAAAUAACUAUGUCCAUGGCGAUUUUGCUGCUUCUGCAGCUGUCAAUCUGGCUAUUCUUUCAACUGAAGAAAGUCGUGUUUCUGAGUCUCAUUCAGACAAUCAGAGGAAACUAGUGUCUGCUAACACUUCACUGCAAGUAAAAGCUUUCUCAUCAGCAGCUAUACGUUUUUUCUGGCCGAAUUCUGAAAAGAAGCUUGUGGAAGUACCAAGAGAAAGGUGCAGUUGGUGCCUUUCUUGCAGGGCCCUUGUUACAAGCAAGAAAGCAUGCUUGUUGAAUGGAGCUGCCUCAAAUGCUAUUAAAGGUGCUAUGAAAAUUCUAGCUGGUCUUCGUCCCACAAAGAAUGGAGAUGGAAGCCUUCUUGGCAUUGCAACGUAUGUUAUGUUAAUGGAGGAGAGUUUAUGUGGUUUGACAAUUGGCCCCUUUCAGAGUGCUGCUUACAGAAAGCAAUGGCGUAAACAAGUGGAACAGGCCACAACAUGCAGUGCAGUAAAAUCUCUCUUGCUUGAGCUUGAGGAAAACAUCCGUUCCGUUGCUCUUUCUGGGGACUGGGUUAAGCUUGUGGAUAAUUGGUCUGUUGAAUCUUUUGUGACCCAGAGUGCUACAUUUGCCACUGGAUCAACUCAGAAACGUGGACCAGGUGGGAGGCGGGGUAGAAAACCGUCUGUUAUAUCUGAAGUCACAUCUGAUGAUUCCAUUGACAACUUGAGUGACUUCAACUGGUGGCGAGGAGGGAUCCUAUCAAAGCUGAUAUUACACAGGGGGGUUUUGCCACGCUCAAUGGUUAAGAAAGCAGCUCGCCAAGGUGGUCGUAGAAAGAUUCCUGGUAUUUACUAUGCUGAAGGUUCUGAGAUUCCUAAAAGAAGUAGACAAUAUUUCUGGAGAGCUGCAGUUGAAAUGAGUAAGAAUGCAUCCCAGCUUGCGCUUCAGGUGAGGUACCUAGAUCUUCAUGUAAGAUGGAGUGAUCUUGUUUGUCCUGAACAGAACCUUCAAGAUGGAAAAGGUCCAGAGACAGAAGCUUCUGCUUUUAGAAAUGCUUUUGUUUGUGAUAAGAAAAAUGUGGAAUACAUGAUUAUAUAUGGGGUUGCUUUUGAGAAUCAAAAGCAUCUCCCUUCCCGUGUCAUGAAGAAUAUCAUAGAAGUAGAGCAAAGGCAAGAUGGAAGGGAAAAAUACUGGUUUUCUGAAACACACAUUCCUUUAUAUUUGAUCAAAGAGUACGAACAAGACAUAGGCAAAUCUCUUCUGCCGUUGGCUGGCAAGCCUGCGAAUGUGCUUUCCAAGUUACAAAGAAGGCAGCUGAAAGCUUCCCGUAAGGAUAUAUUCUCCUACCUUUCAUGUAAGAGAGAUAAUUUGGAUAAGUGCCAUUGUGCUUCGUGUCAACUGGAUGUUUUACUUGGGAAUGCGGUCAGGUGCAGUGAAUGCCAAGGUUUUUGUCAUGAGGACUGUACCAUCAGUUCAACAAUUCAAAGGAUUGGCGAAGUUGAGUUCUUAAUCACCUGCAAACGGUGUAGCCCUACCAAAACUAUCCCCAAAAGUGAAAACAGUAAUGAAUCAUCAACAAGGCCUUUACUUUUGCAAGGGCAAGAAUUUCAGAAUGCAGUUACAGUCAGUAAAGGUGCAAAGCAAAAAAGUUUUAUUCAACCAUCAACACCUGUUGGACAUUUAGGGAGUUUUUUGAAGAUUAAAUCAGCUCCGCGUGGUUCUAGUUUGGCUGCAAAGAACAGACACAGGUUAUGUUCGUGGGGUUUGAUAUGGAAAAAGAAGAACCUUGAAGAUAAUGGCAUUGAUUUCAGAUUGAAAAACCUUCUUUUGAGGGGCAAUUCAGAUAUGAGCUGGCCAGGACCUGUUUGUCACCUGUGUCAUAAGCCUUAUAAUUCCGAUCUCAUGUAUAUUCGAUGUGAAACAUGCAAAAAUUGGUAUCAUGCUGAUGCUGUAGAACUUGAGGAGUCGAGAAUUUUUGAUUUGAUGGGAUUCAAAUGUUGUAGAUGCCGUAGGAUAAGAACACCUGUGUGCCCGUACAUGGAUCCAGAAAACAAGAGAAUAUUAGAGGCUAAAAAGCCACGCACAAGGGCUCCAAAGGCAGGAAAUUCAGAAUCGGAUCCCGAUUAUGGAACCAUUUCUGAACAAACUCAAGAGUUAGAAUCUGCCCCUCCAAUGUUGCCAAAAAAUGAGGCCAAGAGGACAUUCUCAAGGGCUCCAAAUUCAGAAUCGGACCCUGGUUAUGGAAUUGUGUCUGAACAAGCUAAAGAGUUAGAAUCUGCCCCUCCAGGGUUGCCAAAUAAUGAGGAAGCAGUGCGUGUGAAGGAGGACAACCCUCUUUCUUCUAUUUCAAUGGCUGAGCAAUUUACAAAACCCAAAUCGGAAAUAGAUGUUGAAGGUAAUGCUGUUACUGCUACUGCUUCUGGAACUGGGCCCCGGAAACUGACAGUUAGAAGGCAUAUACAGAAUGAAAAUAAUGUAGAUGGAACCUCAGCAAAUAAUCUAUCUCAGGUUGAGCAAUCCACACUCGUUGAACCGAACCAUGUCUUGAUUCCUGCAGAGGGGUUGUGUCCUGGUGUGACGUCGGAUGUUUCUAAAAGUUUUGAAGAUGGUAUGUUGUUUGACCAUGAAGGCCUAAGCUACGAGGACAUGGAAUUUGAACCCCAGACCUAUUUCUCUUUUACAGAAUUGCUAGCAUCUGAUGAUGUAAUGGGGGAUUGGCAAAGUUUAUCUGCAGUUUCAUCAAAUGGAUUUCCUGAGCCUUGUGGAAUCCGUGCUAGCAAUCAACAAGAACAUAAAAUUUCUGUCAAACCCGGUGUUGAUCUAACAACUUGUCAGGUGUGUUCUUGCACAGAACCGUCUCCUGAUCUGUCUUGCCAGAUUUGUGGGGUAUGGAUACACAGCCGUUGUUCACCCUGGGAUGAGCAGUCAUCUUCGGAGGAAAAUUGGAGCUGUGGCAACUGCCGGGGGUGGCGGUAGCUGAUCACUUUAUUUUUUUUUUUCAGGUUUUUGAAUUUUGUCUGCUUCAACUCUGUUAAGAGGGUUGUGAAAUGGAUCAUAUAGUUGAGAGAUUGCGCAUUUUUACAAGAGAUUGGGACGGGCAGAUUUAAUGGUGGAUUUUUUAUUUUAUUUUGGUGGGAUGGAUUUUUUUUUUGCCUGUGGUUCAUGGCGAACUUUCAGAGCUUGAGCACUUUGUACAGAUACUUGAUGGGCUUCCCUGGUGGUGGUUAGUGGUUGCAGUUACUGAGAAGAUGAUGUGCUUUCUGGCAAGUUCUCUCAUCUGAUGAAAUUCAGAUUUUGACAUUGCUUCAGAUUCUGAUUUUACAAUCGUAGGCUUGUUUAGAUCUACACAUUAGGAUAAGCAGGUAUGUUUUUGGGGAGCUUAUCUGAUUAUUUUUUACUUUUGUGUAAAUCAGGAUUUUCUUUUUAUAUAAUUGAGAUCAGGAAGGACUGAAUCUUUUGAUUGUUUGGUAGAGAUCAAAUAUUUAUGUCUAGUUUUUCUGUAAAACUUGAACUGGGUCCUGGGAGUUCUGAAUCUAUUGAUUGUUUGCUAUCAAUACUUAUUUUUUGUAGAACAAAUGUUUGGAAAUGCACUAUUGAGUUUCA